GUGACGUCCCUUGGCAGAAGCUGUUUAUGUUGGUUUGUGGCCGCUGGAGAGAAGGGGAGGCUCUGCAGCCACGGGAUUCACCCGUUACCGCAAGCAGGGAAUUCCACUGCAGAGUGCUUGGCUGUUAGGCUGUUUCCCUAAGUCGCUUAAUUACGGUGACGAAUGUGCCCCUCGCUGACUGCACGGGGCAGUGAAGAUCAACACAAACAUGGAUGCAGCCCGAGUAUGAAAAGCACACAGCACAGAGCAGACUCCUGGUCGAGUUCUUGUUGCUGUUAUCACGUCUGUUUGUCUCGGCAGCCUCAGAGGGAAGGGCUCUCGGUGGUUUGGAAGCCAUUCGGCCCUAUGAGAAAAAGGGAAAGCUAAGGAUGCUGGAGCAGAACAAUGGAUUUCUCUUUCUCUUUCAUGCAAGGGAUCAUGGGAAACACAAUUCAGCAACCACCUCAACUCAUUGACUCCGCCAACAUCCGCCAAGAGGAUGCCUUCGAUGCCGGCAGCGACAUCGCUGAAGGUGGUGGCCAGACGCCAUACGAAGCCGCCCUGCAGCAAGGCUUCCAGUACCCCCCACCCACGCCAGAGGAGCUCCCGCCCAUCGCCAAUGGCUACCCGCCGGCCAUCAAUGUGUACGAGCCGCAAGCCAAGUACCAGGCCUACACUCAGUACCCCAACGGCUCGGCCAACGGCUUUGGGACAGGCAGGAACUUUAGUCCCUCUGAGUAUUACCAAAUGGAAAACUACAACACAAGGCCGCACGAAGUCCUGGAAAAGCCUUCCCCUCCGCAGCCGCCGCCUCCACCGCCCCCCUCAGCGUCACAGACGGUGAUUCCAAAGAAGACUGGCUCACCAGAGAUCAAACUGAAAAUAACCAAAACUAUCCAGAACGGCAGGGAAUUGUUUGAGUCCUCGCUGUGUGGGGACCUGUUAAAUGAAGUCCAAGCGAGUGAGUACACUAAGGCGAAACAUGAAGGGAGAAAGGAGAAAAGGAAAAAGAGUAGCAAGCAUGACUCUUCCCGGUCGGAAGAGCGCAAGUCGCACAAAAUUCCAAAAUUAGAACCAGAGGAACAAAAUAGACCAAACGAGAGGCUUGGCUCGCUGUCCGAGAGGCCCAGAGAGGAUGCAGCACUGGAGGACACGCCGGUCCAGCAGCUCUUGUCAUCUCUUCCCACACAAGUCAGCCACGACGUCAAGUUUCAGGUUGGCGAUCUGGUUUGGUCCAAGGUGGGAACAUACCCGUGGUGGCCGUGCAUGGUUUCGUGUGACCCACAGCUUGAUGUUCAUACCAAAAUCAAUACAAGAGGUGCCCGCGAAUACCAUGUUCAAUUUUUUAGCAACCAGCCAGAGAGGGCGUGGGUGCACGAGAAGCGGGUUCGGGAGUACAAAGGACACGAGCAGUACGAGCAGUUACUGGCUGAGGCUGCCAAGCAAGCCAGCAACCACUCUGAGAAACAGAAGAUUCGCAAACCAAGGCCGCAAAGAGAGCGUGCUCAGUGGGAUAUUGGUAUUGCUCAUGCUGAGAAAGCAUUGAAAAUGACCCGGGAAGAGAGGAUAGAGCAGUACACCUUCAUUUACAUAGACCAAGAGCCAGAGGAGGCUUUGUCAAAAGCCAAAAAGACUGCUGCAUCCAAAUCGGAGACCAAGAAGAACCGGCGGCCGAAGCCAGCGCUGAACGCCCAGCCGGAACACGCCAACGUUACAGCAUCUCCUUCAAGUGCUGAGGUGCGAAGACAGAGCCAGCGGAGGCAAUCAAGUGUGGAUGAGGAGGAGCCGCCUCCCGUGAAAAUUGCCUGGAAAACAGCUGCAGCUCGGAAAUCCCUACCAGCGUCCAUAACCAUGCACAACUUGGAUCUCCAGAAAUGUAAUAUGUCUCCAGUGGUUAAAAUUGAACAGGUUUUUGCCCUGCAGAAUGCCGCUGGGGAUGGAAAGCUCAUCGAUCAGUUUGUUUAUUCCACUAAGGGAGUAUGUAACAAACCAGAAAUAAAUGCCAAGGGGCAAGAGAAACUCAAUUCUUCGUCAAAUCAGAGGAAUGAGAAAGCAGUGGUGCAAAAUGCGUCCUCUCCUGAAACGACUCCUGGGUCAGCAGGUUCUGUAGAAAAGAAGCAACAGCGAAGAUCGAUUCGAACGCGCUCAGAGUCUGAGAAAUCCACUGAAGCUGUGCCAAAGAAGAAGAUCAAAAAGGAGCAGGUUGAGAUGGUUCCGCUGGCAGCGGUGAAGACAGGACUGCAGAAAGGUGCCAGCGAGAUUUCAGAUUCUUGUAAGCCUUUAAAGAAAAGGAGCCGUGCCUCGACCGACGUGGAGCUGGCAAGCUCGGCCUACAGGGACACGUCCGACUCGGACUCGAGAGGACUCAAUGACCUGCAGGGCAGUUUUGGAAAGCGUUCAGACAGCCCGUCUGCAACUGCUGAUGCUGAUGCUUCAGAUGUGCAGUCGGUGGACUCCAGCUUGUCCAGGAGAGGAACAGGGACGAAUAAAAAAGACACUGUUUGUCAGAUCUGCGAGAGCUCCGGCGAGACCCUGGUGUCCUGCGAGGGCGAGUGCUGCAGCGUCUUUCACAUGGAGUGUCUGGGUCUGAAACUGAUGCCCGAGGAGAAGUUCAUCUGCACCGAAUGUAAAAAUGGGGAACAUACGUGCUUUUCAUGCAAACUUCCUGGCAAAGACGUGAAGCGCUGCUCUGUCAGCACGUGUGGUAAAUUUUAUCACGAGGCCUGUGUUCGCAAGUUUGCCACCGCCCUGUUCGAGUCGCGAGGGUUUCGCUGCCCUCAGCACUGCUGCACUGCCUGCUCCAUGGAUAAGGACAUUCAUAAAGCAAGCAAAGGUCGCAUGGUGAGGUGUUUCAGAUGUCCCAUCGCCUACCACUCAGGAGACGGCUGCAUUGCUGCAGGAAGCUUGUUUCUGUCAUCCCACAUUCUCAUCUGUAGUAACCAUUCCAAAAGGAAUCACUCCUCAUCCGCUGUAAAUGUAGGCUUUUGUUUCGUUUGUGCAAGAGGGCUGGUAGUGCAGGACCAUUCUGACCCCCUGUUCAGUUCCUAUGCCUAUAAGUCCCACUACCUCCUGAACGAAUCAAACCGGGCUGAGUUGAUGAAAUUACCUAUGAUUCCUCCUCCUUCGUCAGCUUCCAAAAAGAAAUGUGAGAAAGGUGGAAAACUGCUGUGCUGCGAGUCCUGCCCAGCUUCCUUCCACCCCGAGUGUCUCAACAUAGAAAUGCCCGAAGGAUGCUGGAAUUGCAAUGACUGUAAAGCGGGCAAGAAGCUGCGUUACAAGCAGAUCGUAUGGGUCAAGCUUGGGAAUUACAGGUGGUGGCCAGCAGAGAUCUGCAAUCCCAGGUCUGUGCCUCUCAACAUACAGGGCCUCAAACAUGAUAUCGGGGACUUCCCAGUAUUUUUCUUUGGUUCACAUGACUACUAUUGGGUACACCAGGGCAGAGUUUUCCCUUAUGUUGAAGGAGAUAAAAGCUUUGCUGAGGGGCAAACUAGUAUUAACAAGACCUUCAAGAAAGCACUUGAAGAAGCGGCAAAGCGCUUCCAGGAGCUGAAAGCACAAAGAGAAAGCAAAGAGGCAUUAGAAAUUGAAAGGAAUUCAAGGAAACCUCCACCUUAUAAACACAUUAAAUCCAACAAGGUAAUUGGGAAGGUUCAGAUCCAGGUGGCCGAUCUGUCAGAGAUCCCUCGCUGUAACUGCAAGCCGUCGGAUGAGAACCCCUGUGGCCUGGAGUCGGAGUGUCUGAACAGGAUGCUGCAGUACGAGUGCCACCCCCAGGUGUGCCCGGCGGGCGAGCGCUGCCAGAACCAGUGCUUCACCAAACGCCUCUACCCGGAUGCCGAAAUCAUAAAAACUGAUCGGCGUGGAUGGGGGCUCAGGACAAAAAGGAGCAUUAAAAAGGGUGAAUUCGUGAAUGAAUACGUUGGCGAGCUGAUUGAUGAAGAGGAGUGCAGGUUGCGGAUCAAACGUGCACAUGAAAACAGCGUAACCAAUUUUUAUAUGUUGACUGUAACCAAGGACCGGAUAAUCGAUGCUGGCCCAAAGGGGAAUUAUUCUCGCUUUAUGAACCAUAGUUGUAAUCCAAACUGUGAAACGCAGAAAUGGACGGUGAACGGUGACAUUCGAGUGGGGCUGUUUGCUCUCUGUGAUAUUCCUGCAGGGAUGGAAUUAACAUUUAAUUAUAAUCUGGAUUGCCUGGGCAACGGUCGAACUGAAUGUCAUUGUGGAGCAGAAAACUGCAGUGGUUUCCUUGGAGUGCGGCCGAAGACAGCAUUUGCAACGGCAAAUGAGGAGAAGGUGAAGAACGCAAAACUAAAGCAGAAGAAACGGAAAAUAAAAACAGAGCAGAAGCAGAUGCAUGAAGACAACUGUUUCCAGUGUGGAGAUGGGGGAGAACUGGUCAUGUGUGACAAGAAGGACUGUCCCAAAGCGUACCACCUCCUAUGCCUUAACCUGACUCAACCACCUUUCGGAAAGUGGGAAUGUCCGUGGCAUCAGUGCGACGUCUGUAGCAACCCUGCGGUUUCAUUCUGUGAGUUUUGCCCUCAUUCCUUCUGUAAGGAUCACGAGAAGGGAGCCCUGGUGGCCUCAGCGCUGGACGGCCACCUCUGCUGCUCCGCACAUGACCCCAAAUCUCCUGUGGCCCCCGAGUACUGGAGCAAGAUAAAGUGCAAAUUGGAACCGCAGAGUCCUGCCGAAGAAGGAAAGGAGUGAAUUUGCUCAAACACAAACAAGGGAGGGGAGAAGAGGGGCAAACAGGCAAUGAACUUGGAGAGACUGCUAUGACACAUUCAGUCUUUGUCAUCGGAGCCGUCGCGUAUGAGCUGGGAACGGGACCAUUUAACCUUAGCAAGCAGAAGCAGGCGGCGGUGUUGGGUUUUUAUUCAGUCUUUCUUUUACCCUUGAAUGUGCUGCAGCAGCUCUUACCAUCGGAAACCAGAAACGUCUUGGCCUUCAGAGGAGAACGUAGACCUUUUGACAGUGAAAAGAAUAUUCUGUUUAAAAUCUUUGGGUGUAGAAAGCGAAGCAUAGCAACGUAUUUAUUUAUUUAAUUUUUAAAGGGUGUUGAAGAUCUGAUUUUGAUCAAUCAACAUGUUUUUAAAAAACAAAAUAGGAAAGCCAAUGUAACUUUUCUGUCUGGUUUAUGGCAGGAGUAAAGCCUCCCCACACUAACAUUGAGAUGCCGUAAAGGCAGAUGUGGGUUUCAGACCGCGUGGCCCCGAAAUGCCUCCAUUCCCUUACUUGUUUUUAAAGGCAUUUUGAGAAGGUAGGGAAUGUAUCACGUUAACUUAUGAGUAUCAUCGUAAAGCUUUUCCUAGGAGAAAUCAGGUGUGUGGCUUCCUGGGAAUGCUCGUAACACGAAACCUGGCGUUGUUUGAGGAGGGGAGAAAUCAUGGUUUCUGGCUGGAGAGCUGUAAUCGGUGUUUGCAGACAGGUGGAAAUUCAGAAGGAGCUUCAUUUGCACAGUGGUAAUUCCUUUAUCCCACUUCCUUUGGAAAACCUCUGUGGUUAGGAGAGCCGCCUGGCCGCAGUCCUGUCCUGCAGCGCGCUGGGAACUGGAGUCUUCACGCUGCCAGUGGAAGCUCUGCCACUGACAUCUGUAGGUGGAGGGCUGUGCUGUGCAUGUGUGCAUCACCUGCCCGCUCUACCCUUUUUUCAUGGCUGUUACCCUGUCGGGAUUCCUUACUGUCGCCUUCUCAGACUCCCCUUGGCUUCCAAGGAAACUGGAGCACUUACGGAAUCCAACCCCUGUUUGCUUUGAUGGAAUGUUUGGAUUUUAUUUGCUGAGAUAUUCCAACUUUAAUUUUCAUUGUUAAUGGAGGGAAGAAAAAACUCAGUGCUUUUUAGUGCACAGGGUAUUUUUCUGUCUGGGAAAUAGGCUGUGGUCAUGGGAGCCUCGUGAGGCAGCGCGCUCUGUUCCUCAGCAGAGACAGGUCCCUUCCAUGAGGCUUCUAAAGUGGUUUAGCUGGGUUCCUGCUCCAGACUUUCUUUUCCAGAUCUAUUUUCCUCCAUUCCUUGUGCAAGGAGCCCAGGGAGACCGGUUUUCCUAGGUUGCAGUUGAUCCUUGGUGAACCUCCUGCCCUCAUCCACCGUGCAUCCCCCUGCCCUGGCAGCGUUAGAGAGGACUUGAGGCUUGUACACAGCUCUUUGCUAGCUUCGGGCUGGCUUUGUGCUAAUGGGCAUUGAAAAUAAUCCUGAAUGAAUAGAAUUAAUCUCAGCUGUUGCUGGCAUCUGGCUAAAUUAAGCCUCUGAAUUAAGAAUUAAGAACCUUGUCUCUCACGAACCUGCAGGAACGUGCUGACUUCUCAGCUUGAGAAAAGCAGUAGCUGGAAAAGUCCAGUGGAGGUUCCGGGCACGUCUUUCCCCUGGCUGCUUCCUUCACUUUAUUGACAGGAGGAAAUACUUUGUGUGCAGCUGUAAAAUGCUGGAAUACACUACAGUCUGCGCAGCUCCUGUGCUGCUGAGCCGGGCUGGCGGCUCCCUCCUUGAGGCUCCGAGGCGCUGCGGUGUAGCGGGAGCCGGGGGGCAGCUUGGGGGGCUGUUGGGAUGCGCAGAGCCCUUCCUCGCAGUGCUGCUGCCGCGGGGGUCGAACACUAAACCUUGCUUGGAAGUAGCGCUGCAUUUUAGUGUUUUUUACAAAAAAAAAUUUACAAAAGGAUUUUAUUUUUCUUAAUACUUUGUGUGAUCAAAUGUCUCUUUUUAAACUCUUACUGGGGUUGGUGAACCUUUGCAGAACUUCCAGCCGCAGCUUUUGCUGCAGCGUCUGCGAGGCCCGAUGUGCUUACCUGUAAUUAUUUAUGAGGCUUGGUAACGUUGAAAUGAUUUUCUCUUGGGAACUCAAAGCACUUGGAAUAUCAGAUACGCUGUUGUGUGGGUGUACCUACGCGCUCUCUUCAUUCCGUGGCUGUGGUGACUUGCUGGCCAGAGGAAAAUAGUGUGGCAGCACCAGAAUGCCCUCACGAGCGGUUGACAAGCGUCACCACGCACGAUGCGCUGCUGUGCUGGUGUGCCAAGUGCUGUGGAACACAGGAGGUGCACAGAGGGCUUAAAAACAUGUGAAAUGCUGUGAAUUGAGGUCUGCUGCUACGCUGGUGCCACAGCACUUGGUGUCUCGGGUGACUUCUCUUUCAAACUUUCUACAGGUGCUCCUUUUUUCCACCAUAAAAAAAGAUCCGUAACAGCCAGCGGCUGGGCUUGAACCUAAAGGGAAAAUCAGAGAUGGGUUUAAGAGCUUGUACACCUUAGGCACAAAAAGUCUGGACAGGGUUUCAUGCUGUUGGAGAGGAGGCAAAUCUUUCAAAAACCUUUAACGUUCUGAGAUAUGAAAAUACCCAAUUCCGAGUGUUUUGGUACCUGGAGGGGGUUGUUCUUUAUGCCAAACAAAAAUGUUAAAAUAUAUAUUUUAAUCACAUCUUUGCAAACUAAAUAACAAUAAUGGGAUUCCUUUCUAAAGGCAAGAUUUCACCGCUGGGGAGGGGGAUUUAGUGGAGGGGGAGGCAGCUGCCGGGUGCCGUUCGUGUGCUCUUGGGCAGUUGGGUUGGAUCCUGCUGGAGCCGGGCAGAAAACCUGCUGCUGGUUUCCCUGGAGAACUCCAGGCUGCAGUUGGAGGCUGUCAGUUGUUCCUCACCCAGAAUGCAGUCACCCCUUUCCCUUUCUUUUAAGUCUCUGGGAUAGCAGCAGGGGUCCGCGGAGCCCCUGGCUCUGCCGCCUGGGCCACGUCUGCGCCGCUCUGUGAGAGGAAUGGGGUUGGGGGUUUUCCAAACAGGUGGUGCAAACAGGAGUGAUCGUAGCUUCCAGAUUAUCAUUGUGAACCUGUCCUGCCGCCCAGGCUGCUGAAGGCGUUUACAGCUCAGGAAGGAUGGCAUAAAGGCGAUUUUGUGGGCAAAUUACCUUCUCUGGUCACCACCAUGGUCUUGAGAAUCUGUUCAUGUGGAGUCGUGGGGCUGGAAUAGUUAAUUUUGGCCUUUAUUCUUAAAAAAAACUUCUUGUAUCUUAAUUUCAGGAUAGAAUGGGAAAGACACAAUUACCAGGCGUAAUUAACAGUGAGCAUAAAAUCUGUAUAUAUUGAACCUUUACAGAACUACGGGGUGGGGGGUGUCCAGCACCGGUACGAAGUCGUCACUUUAACAUGGAAACCUCUGCCUCAUUGAAUUCAGGGUUUAACGUACUUGAAGCUCUGCGGUUCCUUACACGGCUUUUUUUAUUUAUACAUGACUUGUUUUGUACCCAUUGACAAUGUCUUUGACCUCCCCAAAGGUUCCUUUCCCGCUGUACAGUGAAGCUAUGGCAAACGGGAGAGUUUCCCAAAGCAGCUGUCUCGGACCUGUGUGUGUUCCCGUGUCCUGCAUGCGAGACGGCAGCCUCGGAGCGAUGCUGUCCGUUUGCUUUCCGUUUUCCAUCGCCUUUUCCCCUCCCCUACCAUUUACCUUUGUGUAGCAGAAACAUUUGCACUCACAGUACACUCCUAGACGUUGGAUGUGUUCACAACGUUGUUCUGAGGAAAAAAAAAAAAGGAAAAAAAGGAAAAAAAAAAAAGCUGUUUGCUAUUGUAUUCGAUUCCUGAAGCUCGGGUCCGCAUUCCCCUGCGAGGGGCCGACUCCUUGCUCCGGAGGAGCCGUCGAGCUGGAACUGUGCGUGCUUUGCCUCGAAGGCUUCUGUAAUCAAUGUGAACUCCAAAAGGGAAAACGCGUGUGAAUUUGCCAAAGCCAUUGAUCCCCUCAUUCCCUCUUCCUGGUGUGGCACGAACUGCCGGGGGUGCUGCCGUUCCUUGGGCUGUCCUCUCCACCUGGAGAAGAUGCCGGUGGUCGGCCCUCUCCAGCUGUCCUCGUACCGCCGGGCUCUCCGGAGCGGUUUCACUCGCUUUGGGGAUAUCGAUGGGCUGGAUGAGGUGAAGGUUCCCCCUCAGCGGUGGAGCCGCCUCUCGUUUCUGGUGUGGCCGUUCCUUUCCCAGCGAGCUGGUGGUGCUGCCGCAGGAGCCGAGGUGACGCCGCGCUGUUCCCGCCAGCAGGAAGGGCUUCGUCCAGCGUGGGGCUGCGCGUGUACCCGGGGCUGCUGGUGGAAACCGCCGCCGCCGGUCUCUGCACGAGCGAUGUUGCACAACACGGAUACCUGCGGAUUCCAUUCCCGUGUGCUCUGUGAGGAUGCCCUUUGUAGAGUCGUUAUUUCUGUAGACUUUUAUCUGUAACAAACUUUGUAGAUUCUGUGAAAUGUUAUUUUACCGAAAUCACUCAGUCUUCACUAGCAAAGCAUCGAUAUUCACCGACGUCGAUUACUCGGGAGUUCUUAAGAGGUUGACUGGAAGCUCUUGACACUAACGAAGUAGCGUGGAAUUCCCUGGCGCUGCUCCGCAGGGGCAUUACCGUUCCAUGACUUGAUGUUGCCGCAUAGACUUUGGGAUAUACGAUAUUUUGGGGGUUUUGUUGUUCGGCCGAUGUUCUCUUGCCUCGUGUGAAGCCCGUGAAGCCGGGAUCCCUGUACAUAGCCGCGUCCCGGCACCUGCGCGUAGCGUCCCUAGAGCUGCCUGUACGAUUUUAGCUUCUCCUCAGUGUCCGUGAUGGUAGAACAUAUAAUUUUUGUACAUUAUAUUUACUGAGAUGUCGCCCCUUUUUUUAUUUUACAAAUACUUUGGAAUUCAGAUGUGGUUUUUUGCUUCCCGUGAGGAUUCAUUUGGAAAGGUUUUUAAUGACAUUCCACUGAUUUGAACGUUUGCUUGAGGUUGACUUC